AUGGCGGACAAGCUGGAGACGGAGCCUCCGGAGCUCACCAUAUACGAGAUCAGCUUCCCAGCACCGUUUGUGCUCCUGGUGACCAUUAAUCGGGAAAAGUCCAUGAACGCCAUCCACACUGACGGCCACUUUGAAGGCGACAGGCUAUUCCAAUGGUUCGAUGAAGAGCCGUCACUGCGCGUGGCUGUCAUGACGGGCAAGGGCAAGAAGGCAUUCUGCGCGGGCCAGGACCUCAAGAUGCUGAUGGAAAAGCAGCUCUCUGGAGAGCAGUCCAACGUGGCUGCGUUCCCGCCCACGGGCUUUGGCGGUAUUAGCAGACGCGUUGGCAAGAAGCCGGUGAUUGCCGCCGUCAACGGACUGGCUCUGGGCGGCGGUUUCGAGCUGGCACUGAACUGUGACAUGGUUGUUGCAUCGCCCACGGCGACGUUUGGUCUGCCCGAGGUCAAGAGAGGCGUUUGGGCCGGCGCUGGCGGCAUCCCCCGCGUCGUGCGCAUCUUUGGCAUGCAGCUGGCGUCCGAGAUUGUGCUCGCAGCCCGCACGCUCACGGCCGAGGAGGCCAAGCACCACGGAUUCGCCCGCAUCGCCGCAUCGCAGGACAGCGUGGUGCCCGAGGCCGUGGCCCUAGCCGAGCAGAUUGCGGACAUGUCGCCGGACGCCAUCAUCAUGAGCCGCGCGGGACUGCGGGAGGCUUGGGAGACGGCCAGCGUCGAGAGAGCAGCGCAGCUUAUGGACGAGAGAUACAUGCGACAGCUGGUUAAUGGCGAGAAUAUCAAGCUGGGUUUGAUGGCCUUUGUAAAUAAGGAGAAGCCAAAGUGGGUGCCGUCCAAGAUGUAA